GUCCCUCCUCCACACGCCCAUCAUCCAUCGCCGCCCCCAAACACACUCAGAUUUUCAUUUCAAGCCCCACAACCAGAAGAAAUGGCCUCGAGAGCAAUUUCAUCGUUCACAACCAAACACCUGGCUGGUCAGAGAUCAUCCAAUGGCCCCGACGUAUCCUCAUAUAGGGUAAGGACGGUGUCUAUGCAGCUGCAGAGGAGGAAGGCCGUGGCCGUGGUCGUGGCAGCGGCUGGGUCAUCGGUGGACACAAACAACAUGCCGAUGACGGGAGUGGUGUUCCAGCCGUUCGAGGAGGUGAAGAAGGCAGAACUCGCUAUUCCCAUCACUCCACAAGUCUCCCUCGCUCGCCAGAGAUAUGCCGACGCUUGCGAAGCCGCCCUCAACGAGCAGAUCAAUGUGGAAUACAAUGUAUCGUACGUGUACCACUCCAUGUACGCGUAUUUCGACAGGGAUAACGUCGCACUCAAGGGCCUCGCCAAAUUUUUCAAGGAGGCAAGCGAUGAAGAAAGGGAGCACGCUGAGAAGCUGAUGGAGUAUCAGAACAAAAGAGGCGGGAGGGUGAAGCUCCACGCGAUUGUACCGCCUGUUUCAGAGUUUGAGCAUACCGAGAAAGGAGAUGCGUUAUAUGCUAUGGAGUUGGCUCUAUCCCUGGAGAAGCUUACCAAUCAGAAGCUCCUGAACGUUCACAGCGUGGCAACAGAGAACGAUGAUCCCCAGUUGGCCGAUUUCAUUGAGAGCGAGUUUCUAGGAGAACAGGUUGAAGCCAUCAAGAAGAUCUCAGAUUACAUCACGCAGCUCAGGAUGGUCGGCAAAGGCCACGGAGUUUGGCACUUCGACCAAAGGCUCCUGGAUGAAGCUGUUUAAAUCUGCACAUCUCUUGGGGAUGUGUUCUGCAGCUAGAUUGGACUGGCACUGUGUUUUAACAUCUCAAGCCAAAUAAUGAGAUGUAGUGCUACUGUGCUCUGAUCUUUUUGACGGAAGCUAUGAAGUAAUAAUAAUAGUGUGCCGAUGUUAGAUCGAUUUCAUUCCUACAACUGUUGUUUUUUUUAAUGGAUUUAAGGGUUUUGUUAUCCAUGGCAAGAUCCUAUUCACCUACAUAUUCAGGAUUUGGCUAAUGGAUAUGCACUUCUAUAA